AUGUAUUCAAGAAAUUCUUCCGCUCCGAAAGCGCAGACUCUUUGUGUCUUCAAUUAUCCUGAGGGAAUGGAUGAGAAUGAUCUCUACGCAUCCUUUCCGAAUGCCCUCAGUAUUUCCAGUCAGCAUAAUGGUUCGUCUCCUUCGUGCCUGAUUAAAUUUCAAAGUGAUGCAGAUUGCCAGGCUGCUUAUGCUGAGUGCCAAAGUGGGAAAAUGAUUGGAGGUCGUCCUAUUCAAGCUACUCUUGUUCCAGCGGAUGAUCGUAACCAUUCCCGUGGGGGUUACGGAGGUAGUAGUGGUUCAAGAGACCACUACUCGCGUAACGAUCGCGAGGGUGAUCGUGGUUCACCUAGACGUAGUCAUGGAACCAGUGGCGGUUCCGCAAGCGCUGACUGUGUCCUCACACUUCGUAAUCUCGCAUGGUCUGUCACCGAGGAUGAUCUCUAUCAGGAGUUCCCUCGCGCUGUUUCCGCAAAUAUUAAAAUGGAUGAACGCAAUCGCUCAAGAGGCUUCGGAUCAGUGACAUUUGCAAAUCCUAGUGAUUGCCGUAAUGCUGAGGCUGAAUGUCAAGACAAACAGAUGAAUGGACGUCAAGUUCGUGCAGAGAUUGGGCAUCCUGUUGAGAGAAAUCGCGAUGACUUCCGAGGUGGAAGGGGUGGUGGACGCCCAUAUUUUGAUCGCUACAAUAAUGGUGGCGGAGGCAGACGUGGCAGCUAUGGCGGGGCUGGAGAUGACGGACCCCCACGCCGCCGUUUCGAUGAUGUUGAUGGUGGAAGAUCUUCAUGGGGAUCCCAUAGUGGUGGUGGCGGUGGCGGUGGAAGAGAUUUCGGAAACCGUCGUGGUGGUUUUGGAGGCGGUGGUGGUUUUGACAGAAACUCUGGAAGGGGAGGGUUCGAAAGACCAGGACGUGAGCGCAGUCCAACUUCAUCGGGUCCGGUUGGACGUCGUCCACGUGGUGGUCCCGCCAGUGGAGGCGCCAGAAUCACUUCAGCAGUAAUCCGCCGAAUCCCUGGUGACUCUUCGGACUCCGAUUUCGAUAAUCGUGGCUAA